UACGUUAAGCAAAACUUGCUACUAUGGCAACACAGUUUUCAAAAGCGUGACUUAUUGCGUUUGUACCAAGUGGAUGAGACAGAUUUCUGUAAAGAUUCCGGAAAUGUCGUUCGCGUUGGGAUUGUGCCUUCUUUAUGGUUUUCUAGCCAAUCUCCCAACAGCUGUUGGAAUCGAGUGCUACGCAUGCGCAGAUUACCCAAAUUCACCCACCCCAUGUGGUGACAACGCUACCGUGCUGACCUGUCCAUCAUAUUAUGACUCCUGUGCUACAAUGGUGAUGGGCUUUGACUACUCAGGCUUCAACUUCACAACGAUAUCUAAAAACUGUUCCAUGGUUGAUUACGGUGCCUGCAAUGAGAGUUACAUUUGCAGUCUCGUGAACAGUUCAGUGGCCCCUGAUGGAAUCCUGACUGAGUGUUCAGUGAGCUGUUGCCAGGACGAUCUGUGCAAUGGGCCAGCCGGACCAGGACCAGAACCAACAGUUGGGCCAGAGCCUCCCGCUCCUGGACCAGACACUAAGAGUCGUUUACAGUACUACAUUAAAACCAUACGCGCCAUGCUAGAUCAGAUGGAAAGUAUCGUGGAGAACGAAGUCGGAGGCAAUAGGCUAAAAAGGGAAUUCAAAGAACGUAUGCGAAGAUCUCUCACAGAUGUGCAACCGGCAUUGGAUAGUGAAGGAGGAAAGCUCGACGCUUUCGUUAAUCAGCUGAAAAACAAUGCUGCAGUGGCCAUGAGAACACUCCAAGCUAAGCAAGAUCGAUUCAAAAGACGUGCUGAGAUGAAACUGCCGCAACAGAAACGAAAAGCCAAAAGAAACCAAUUUCUGAAUGAAGCCAUGAAAACUAUCCAAGAAACAUUUUCAAGGUUGUCUGCGAAAAAUCGCUAAAUGGAAAACAAGAUAAAGAACGCCUAUAUCUGCAAAUGUGGAAAUGAUGCAGGCAGAAAAAUAAUGAUUUACUGGAAUAAUUCAUUUAUUUAGUACGGGAUAGUAAAAUUUUCAAUGAAGCAGAAUGAAUAAAGUGUGGGAAAUCUCA